AUGGCUUGGGGCUUAGCUAACAGCAAGCAACCUUUCUCGUGGGUGAUCAGGCCCGGAUCAAUUUGUGGUUCAGAUUGGAUUGAGCUACUGCCUCAAGAAUUCAUAGAAGCUGUUGGAGAAAGAGGUUGCAUUGUUAAAUGCGCACCCCAAGAUGGAAGUUUUUGGCGCAUGACGCAGUGGGCGGGUUUUGGAGCCAUUGCGGUUGGAACUCAACCCUGGAAAGUUUAUCAGAAGGGGUUCCGAUGA